GAGACAACUGGAUUUCGGAAAUCAAAUAACAACCCGAGAAUUACUGAGCUGAGUUUCAUCGCUUUGCCCAGGGACGGACUUCUGGACGCGUCAAAACCGUCCCGUGUUGCCAGCAAGCUUCUUCUGUGCUUCAAUCCUCAAAAGGAGAUAGACCCUAAAGCUUCUUCAAUGUCAGGU